AUAAUUUAUUAUAUAUCCAACACUUCUCUCCUCCCUUUUCUCCAUUCCCGCCCUUCAUUUCCAAGGCUUCAACAUUCUUCAUUUAUGCAUUUGUAAUUAAAAAGGGGCUAAAAACUUGAAGUAAUUCUUCCUCUGAGCAACAAUGGAUACUUGUAUCAGAUUUUGUGCUUUAAUUCUCUGUUUAUCUUUGCUUUCUCCACUGAGAUAUGUCGACGCUCAAGUUUUGCCUGAAGAUGAAGUAAAAGUUUUGCAAACAAUAUCAUCGAAACUUCAGAACAGAUAUUGGAAUUUCAACCGAGACUCUUGCAGGCAGGGAAGGGGUGCUAACAUGACGGAUCCUACUUAUGAUAAAAUUGUCAGCAACGUAACAUGUGAUUGUUCGUUCAAUAACCGCUCAAUUUGCCAUGUUGUAACAAUCCAAUUGAAGGGUCUUAAUAUGACAGGAACUCUGCCUCCAGAAUUUGCAAACCUUACUCAUCUGCGAGAAUUAGAUCUGUCUCGCAAUUACUUAAAUGGAUCGAUUCCCUCAAGCUAUGGUCGGCUUCGCGUCACUAUCUUGUCACUCUUGGGUAACCGUAUCAGUGGGCCGAUUCCCAAGGAGUUAGGUGACAUUGACACACUGGAAGAACUAAAUUUGGAAAAUAAUCUACUUGAAGGACCUCUUCCUCCAAACCUGGGUAGUUUGAGCAGUCUGAAAAUAAUGCUUCUUUCUGCCAAUAAUCUCACAGGAACUAUACCCGAGACCUUCAGCAAUCUUAAGAACAUGACAGACUUUAGGAUAGAUGGGAAUAUGAUAUCUGGAACCAUACCAGAUUUUAUUGGCAGUUGGACCGAAAUGGAUAGAUUAGACAUUCAAGGAACGUUAAUGGAGGGACCUAUUCCUCCUACAAUAUCCCAGUUGAAAAACAUGACCGAGUUGAGGAUAUCUAAUUUGAGAGGAAAACAAAUGCAAUUCCCAAAUCUUCAAGGCUUGACGAAGAUGAAAAGGCUAACUUUGAGAAAUUGUUUAAUUUUCGGUCCAAUUCCGAAAUAUGUAGGUGCCAUGCCUUUGAAACUUUUGGACCUGAGCAACAACAUGCUGAAUGGUCCAAUCCCAGAGAAUUUUCAGCAGUUGGAUUUUGAUAACAUGUUUCUUGGUAACAACACAUUAAGUGGAGCAAUUCCCAGCUGGAUGUUUAGUAGUAGAGAGAACAUCGAUAUAUCAUACAACAAUUUCACACAAACAUCUACUCCAGGAUGCCAGUCCAAUACCUUAAACUUAGCCGCUAGCUAUUCAGAUACAAUGAACACGUUCAAGAACACGGAUGCCUGGUGUUCCAUGAAACCCCUCAUUUGUCCCACAGAAGCGAAAUAUCAUUCGCUAUUCAUAAACUGUGGAGGACCUAGAACUACAUUUGAGGGAAAUGAUUAUGAGGAGGACUUGGCCAAUAGGGGUCCAUCAUAUUUUUUUUCAUCCUCCGAUAAAUGGGCUUUCAGCAGUUCAGGAGUGUACGUGGGUCUUCAAGCUGCCAGUUAUAUUGCAACAAAUACAUUUUCACUGAAUGUGGCCGGUCCUAACUUUUACAAUACAGCACGCCUUGCCCCUAAUUCUCUCAAAUAUUAUGGGCUUUGCCUACAAGAAGGUAGCUACAGAGUGCGCCUUCACUUUGCUGAAAUAAUGUUUUCUAAUGGCUCAACAUAUAGCAGCCUUGGAAGGCGGAUAUUUGAUGUAGCAAUACAAGGGAGAGUAGUUUUGAAGGAUUACAACAUUAUGGAGAAAGCUAACGGUGUUGGAAAAGUCAUUACCGAGGACUUUGAAGAUGUUACUGUUAGUAGUACUCUGGAGAUUCACUUGUAUUGGACCGGGAAGGGGACUAAUGCUAUUCCAGACAGAGGUGUAUAUGGACCGCUGAUUUCAGCUAUCACAGUGACACCAAACUUUGAUGUUGAUACAGGCCGUGGGUUACCUGUUGGAGCUAUUAUUGGCAUUGUUCUCGCUUCUAUUGUGGUGGUUCUGCUAGUAUUAUUUGGUUUGUGGAAGAAGGGCAUUUUUGGAGGGAAAAAUAAUGAAGAAGAAUUAGAACUCAGAGCCCUUGAUUUACAAACAGGUCAUUUUAGACUUAGACAAAUUAAAGCUGCUACAAAUAACUUUGAUCCUGCCAACAAAAUUGGCGAAGGAGGGUUUGGACCAGUUUACAAGGGUGUACUCUCUGAUGGUGCAGUCAUAGCUGUUAAGCAGCUGUCUUCCAAGUCGAAGCAAGGAAAUCGUGAAUUUGUCAAUGAGAUAGGCAUGAUUUCAGCUCUACAACACCCAAACCUUGUCAAGCUUUACGGUUGUUGCAUAGAAGGGAACCAGUUAUUGGUGAUAUACGAAUACAUGGAAAAUAACUGUCUUGCUCGAGCUCUCUUUGGCCGUGACGACCAGAGGUUGAACCUAGACUGGGCAACCAGAAAAAGGAUAUGCUCAGGAAUAGCAAAAGGGUUAGCUUACCUUCAUGAAGAAUCAAGGUUGAAAAUCGUCCACAGAGAUAUAAAGUGUACCAAUGUGCUUCUUGAUAAGGAUCUGAAUGCGAAGAUUUCAGAUUUUGGAUUGGCUAAAUUAGAUGAAGAAGAGAACACUCAUAUUAGCACCCGAAUUGCUGGAACAGUAGGUUAUAUGGCUCCCGAGUAUGCAAUGAGAGGCUACUUGACAGAUAAAGCUGAUGUUUAUAGCUUCGGAGUUGUUGCAUUAGAGAUUGUUAGCGGGAAAAGCAACACAAACUACCGGCCAAAAGAGGAAUUUGUUUACCUUCUUGAUUGGGCUUACGUCCUACAAGAACAAGGAAAUCUCUUAGAACUAGUGGAUCCAUGUCUCAGUUCCAAUUACUCCAAAAAAGAGGCAAUGCGGAUGAUCAAUCUAUCUCUUUUGUGCACGAAUCCCUCUCCUACUCUCCGACCAUCCAUGUCUUCUGUGGUGAGUAUGCUCGAAGGAAAACUCCCCGUGCAAGCACCAAUAAUCAAACGAAAUACAGCAGACGAUGAAAUGAGAUUUAAAUCGUUUGAGAAACUUUCACAUGACAGUCAAACAUCACAGGUAUCAACAUACUCUCAUGACAGUCAAGGACAAAGUAUGAAUGCACCUUGGAGUGAUUCCUCAGUGUCUGUCCCUGGUAAAGAUGAAAAUGUUACUUCCUCAAGUAGGCUUCUUCCAGAUCUUUAUAAUGUAAAAAUAGAUUGAUUGAUGGACACAUAAUUUUACAACUAGAUUUUGAUGUCCGUCAUUUAAUUAUCUAACUUUAUUUUCACACAGGUUGAAAUUGCAAUAUUUUGUUGUGUGUAUUGUAUACUUCAGUAUGUUGCAGCUCAAUUUUGCAUUCUCUUUGAUAAAUUAUUUUUUAUUAAAUAUUUGAAUAAAGUAAUGAAAUUAUGAUUGUAAAUAUUUUAUUUA